AUGAAGAGUUGUUUCCCAGGUGGAGAGCGCCGUCAUCGCCAAACAGCACUCGGCAAGAAAGCGCCGAUCCCAUUCGAGGCGCCAGCGACCGCGACCGCGACCGCACGCCCCGUCAAGAACCACAUCGGGUCGGGAGAUCCGAUAAUGGCUCCAUCAGACUCGAAGACGCCGACAAGCAGCUUCCGGCGCCAAGCGGGCGAGCGGAGCCGCGAAAACCGUGCUUCCGCCGUCGCCUAUCCAAUUCGUUCUGUGCAAAAGACGGAGCCCGCGGAGUGCAAAUGA